GACUGAACGUCCUCGAGGAGCGCUUGCUCUUUGCGUGCCUGAAAUAAGAAGCAUUCACGGAGAAAACGCGGCGACAACUGUUCCAGCAACGACCCCACCAACAUCGAUUACUUUUUCCAGAAGAAUGUCGAAGAAAAGUUUCCAACAACUUCAACAUUAUCGUGUCUUUCCCUUUCUCGAAGACUUCGUGUUGCUUUGCAGACAUUACGAAGAGCUCAUUUCGAAGAAUGCCGACAGACCAAAUGCGUGCAUUGGUGAUUUCUGAGUCGGAGAAUGCAGGCGAUUCUUAGUGGUUUCGUAUGGGUAUUACUAAUUACAAAGCGACGGCAGUGCAGGUCCUUUUGUUGCCCCCAAUCUGCUUCGCAGUACCAAUUCCGUAUGCUAGUCUCUAUUGUUCUUUCUUUGGAGUUGUCAAAGGCUCAUACUUCAAGCAGCACGGAAUGUUGAUAGAUAAGUUACCACAACUAGCAUGCAAAGUCCGUAUCAGUGUCGAUCUUCAGUGUGUUACUGGCAAAGGCUCUUACUUUUAAAACGCAUGCCAGAGAAGCAUUGAGAGUUGGGUACGCGUAGAAUCAACUUAAAAAUCAGACGAUUGACGACAGCUUUCCGGACAGUCCGUAUAUAGAUGGAAGGCGAUCACGAGAGUUUCCGAUGCUCCUUCUAAUAUAGAGUAUUUUGGAACUUCAAUUUCAUUUCGGUAUUUAAACUCUAAUUGAAGAUGGGAAUUGACAAAGUUUUAUCCAAUUCUGAUUGGUCAAAUGGAUCAGGAAUUGUCAGUGGUGCGAAGGUUCAACAAACGAUUCAGCCAACCCUUUCUGACGAAGCGAGGUAUAUGUAUAAGGUGUUCGAUAUCAUACACUAUACAGUGUAUAUCGCCAUCCUUUUAGGCAUUCCUGGCAACAUUCUGACGAUUCUAGUAUCCAGCAUGACCCACAACAGAAAACACACAGCCAGUGUCUACAUGAUAGGGUUGGCUAUUCCGGAUGGUUUGUUUCUGGUCCAGGAGUGCAUAGCACUCCCGUUAUGGCGGGAGCGACUGGCAACAUUCUGGCCGUCUAAGGAGUGGGAGACGAAAUACUAUUAUUUCGUAACAUACACCUGCGGCAUGACAUCAGGCCUCAUUCUAGCCGCAAUGUCCAUCGAUCGCUUCAUAGCCAUACGAUAUCCAAUGACGGCAAAGACGAUAUGCACAGUGAAAAAAGCUAAGAUUAUUGUGAUAACGAUACCAAUGAUAGUAACAGGUUUAAAUCUAUCCACCUUCUUUUGUCAUAGUAUUAUGAAAGAUGGCACGUCAGGUGUAGAAUUCCUCGUAGUCUCAGUCCCAGAUAAUCCUGUUUUCGAAGUCCUAUUCACCAACUUUCAGUUGAUAUUUGGAAGCAUACUUCCCUCUGUGAUCAUUAUCGCUAGCAACAUUGGUAUCGUAACAACUAUAAGAAAGGCUUCAAGGGAUCGUGCUAAGAUGGGUGUAGGCACAGGAAAAGAUAGCCAAAAGCGAGAAAGUCAACUAACCUCUAUGCUGAUUCUAGUCAGUGUCGCGUAUCUCGUUUUUACCAUUCCGCAUAAGCUUUUCUAUCAACUCUUUAACGCCAUUCCUGCAGUUAAUGCGCCGUAUGACAUGAGUAAUAUUUACUGGAAUUUGAAAUUCAACAUUAUAGUGGUUCUUCUAUUUAAUAUCUGGUUGUGCAAUCAUGCUGUCAACUUCUUCCUCUACUGUAUUGCCGGUGGCAGGGGUUACAGAGAAGAUACGAAGAGAGCUCUAAAGUCAAUUUUCUGUAUGAAAAAAUAAGUCAUCCAGUGAAGUGGUUGAUAUUUCAUACCGGUUCAAUCAGAAAUUAAUAUCUGCAAGGUUCAAAUCUGCUCUUUGAAAAUCUAUGACCAAAGUUCCUGAAUCACAUCUCUUUUGACAUGGAGAACAAACAGAUGAUGCAUGACAGGUUUGUGACACAUCACAUGCGCAAAUCCUAUGUGAAUCCUAUGUUGAAUCAUAUGUAAACUCGGUCGAUUUACACAUGAAACUCUUUUUGAGUUUCUCAUCAUAACCAACACACCCCAAGGACAAAAAAUGACGAAAGAACACAUGUCAGCCAUGGACUCAUCUGUGCUAUAUAUUACAGCCUGACGCGACACCAAUGAAAGUAAGCAUUGCUUCUCUAUGCGAGAGGGAUUUGAUGACAUCAAAUUACUGACAGAAACCGCAACCGGAACCUUGAUGAUGAACAUCAAAGAUACGAUUCAGUAAGCUACGCAAAGAAUCGUACUGUUUCUACGCUUAAUGAGACGCCUUUCGUGAAAAAUGAGAUCAAGAAACACAACUCUACGACAGGUUUAACGUUACACCAUUACAUGAUGCACUGGAAGGCAUGGUAGGUAUGAUAUCACGACGAUGAUAAAUAAAUGUCAACUUCACAGAGCUACACACGUAAGUGAUGGCAAGGUGAUAUAAUGCAGCUUCCAGCUACAUUGUUUGAAGUAAGAUGUGCUCGGAUAUAAGCUUUGUGGCUUUUCUUCUUUAAUCAGGUUUUGUAAAUAUCAGUCGGGUCGGCUCCUUGCUGAGCAUUGUACAAGAAGCCAUGAUCAUGAGAGCAACCGUGUAAUGUUUCCGCUACGUCACGAGUAGAGGCGGGCAAUGAUUCUCAAUGGGCAGGCAGAUAGAAAAUUACAAAGAAAGUAUCCCCGAUCGGGUGGUUACUCGAACAAAAGAAGACCUUGGCGAUGUUGCCUGAAAAGAGAUUUCUAUCGACAUUCACAUGGACAAUGGUUUCACUUUCAGUAUAAAAGCGUACAUGUAUCCUUGCUUGGGAAGAACACGAAGACAUAUCAGCGUUUAUUGUGGUUAUGGUAUAUACAUAUUCCGUCAUCCUCUUUUUCCAAGAAUGUAGAACAUUGAAAGAGAAGCAGUUACAACAACGAGUGCUGCACUUAACUAAUAUGCUUAACCUAUGCGAUGUGAAUUCGGAGAGACCCCUAUUGGCAACUUUGUUUAACUUAAUCUAGCCUACCUCGCUCCUGCAUACAAUCUCCCUUUAAUUCACCGACCUUGAGACGCAGCACCCGUUUGUUCUUAGAAUAAUGUACAUGUAUAGAUAAAUCGAUGGAAAUAUCAUAUAAAUCACAAAUUAUUGAAUCUGGCUUCCUGAUACUGUAAUAAAUUACAAUUAAUGUCGUAUCAUGUCCAUACUUACUAAUUUCUUUCUGGCGAUGGACGCGACUCUUAGUUCCGCUUGCUGAUUUAUUUGUAAUCCACUUCAGAGCUAACCAGUCGGUAAGAUUCAAUAGCAAAUCUCUGCUUGAUUUACUGGUAACCUGAAGUGGUAGAAAGUUUGAAGAAAAUCAGUCAAAUAUCUAAAAUGAUAGAAUGUGUAUGUAUUGGUUUUAACCCUUUCGCUUCCUGACUCGCUGUCAAUUUGUGGUGUAUUAAGGCAGCUUCCAAUGAAGCACGUUUAGCGAACCUCACUUCAGAUAUUGAUACGCUUUGCCCUUUCGGGUAGGCCACAUGAGGUAGAAAAAGUAUAUGUUUCUCAUUAGACCGUUGAUUGUUCAAAACAUUCGUGGGUGGCACAGUUGUUGGGUGUUGUUCUAAGAAGGAUGCCGGCUAAUCUUAUGUCAAAGUAAAUCUUAGUCAAAAUAAGUAUCAAACGAUCAACCUCAACAAGCUCAUGAUUCCAAAUAUUAAAAGUAUAUUGCGGAGGCGGCAACUUGGACAACCAGUUCCAGAUCAAACGAAUGGGGUGUAAACAAUUUAAAGCCAUUCCAUUGUGCAAUCACAUUAUCGCCAGAAACUUGCAGGCGUUAAAUUACUGGCCUGCAACUGGUUCCACCCUAGCAUGAUCGGGUGUAAUUGAAUAAGAAGAUUGCAGUAUAUUGAACCAUUGACAUGUCUGGAGUGUCAAGAUUGUGGUCGAAGGCGAUAUUUCAUGAUGAGAAUAUUAACGGAUUAGCCGCUGUCUCUAUAUUGGACAAUUUACGUUGUAGGAGACGCGUAAGGUUCU